AUGGAUCCCAGGUUGGUGGAGGCAGCGCUUAAUGGAAACGCCAUUGAACUGCAGAAAUUACUUCAAGAGGACCCCCUCGUAAUUGAGAGAGGUUCAGUGGCAGUGUACCCUGAAACUGCCCUACACAUUGCAGCCAUGGGUGGGCAAACAGAGUUUGUGAGGGAGAUAUUGAAGCUUAAACCAGAUUUUUCCACUAGAUUGGACAAGGACGGGUUUAGCGCAAUACACAUAGCCUCUGCAAAUGGGUUUGUGGAAACAGUGAGAGAGCUUUUGAAGUUUAGGCGUGAGCUUGCCCUUCUCAAGAGCAGCAAUGGAAGGACUUCUCUUCAUUGUGCAGCUGUAGCUGGGAGGGUUCAAGUCAUUAGGGAAUUGGUUGGCUUUUUUCCCGACUGUAUCGGAGAAGUGACUCUUAGAGGCGAGACUGCGCUUCACAUAGCCGUGAAGUAUAACCAAUUUGAGGCCUUUGAAGCCAUGUUUGAUAUAGUUAAGCAGCUUAACAUGCAGGAAAUUAUGUUUGCUGGGGAUGAAGAUGGCAACACUAUCUUACACCUUGCAGUUGCUAGGAAGCAGAUUCAGACAGUGAAAUUGCUACUUGGUAGUGAUGGUAGGCAACAAGAAGCAGUGGAUGUGAAUGUGACCACCAAGAGUGGCUUAACUGCUUUAGAUGUGUCCGAUAUCAUACUACAAAUGGUGGGAUCCGGUGAAGCCACUGAUUACAUGCUCAGGGAUUUGCUUCUACGCGCAGGAGCCUUAAGAGCGUCUGAAGUUGAAGACUACCUUGACACUGCUCAAGUUCAUCACAGCCAGAUCUCGGUGAGGGCGGCACCGCCUCCCCAGACUCUCCGACAGUUCUUAUUACAUGAGAUUUCACAUCUGUACCCUUGGAGAGUUUGGAACAUGUUAGCGAAGGAAGUGAAAAAGUCACCAUCACAAACUCAAAAUGCUUUGCUUGUUGUUGCUGUACUUAUCGCAACUAUAACCUACCAAGCCAUACUAAGUCCUCCCGGUGGCCUUUAUGACGGCGACGAUUACACUGCCGCUAAUAUAUCAGCCAAUUUACGAUUUUUCCUUCCAUUCAUGGUUCCCAACUCUAUUGGGUUUUUCGCAUCGCUUAUGGUGAUUAUUUUGGUUAUGGAUGACUUUCCACUCAAAGCAUUGAUGGGGAUCGCUGUGCGUUGUUUGGCUGCAAUUUAUACUUGUGGGCUUUUCAUGAUUGGACCUACUCAUUUAAAUGCUUCACGAUGGGUGCUGACAAUAAUAGGAACAAUGGUCUUCAUGGACAUAGCUCGCUUCGGCUUCCGGUUAGUCAAGAGAUGGUCCAAUGAAAUUAGAAACAGAAGAAUCUAA